CGAAAUUAAUAUUUUUGCGAAAAUUCGAAUUGGCGAAAAAAACGAAGCAAAUCGUAUAACGAAAAUAAAAUUAAGUUGGCAAUAUGAAAAGUAGUGUGUUUGACUUUGUGGCAGUUGUCAACAAAAAAACGCUAAACGUAGAAAGAUAAAGAAGAAAUAAUAUUGAUAGUAAUAAAAACGCGUGUGUUUAGAAUCUCGCAUUUUAUUUAUAUGUAUAAUUAUUUAACGUUCAACUUUACUUUUGCGAGUUAAAUGUGCAAUGACGCCAUUUUUAUCCGUAUCUGUCAAAUCUUCUCAAGAUUGGUCUGUCAAACAUUUAUUUUCGAAGUAAACAAUAAUAUUUAUUAAAAAACCAAGAAUUUUAUUAACUGUUACUUGGGUCAAGUACUUGUGACCAAUAUGGGCAAUACCACUGAUGAUAUGGGUUUCCAAAAGGUCAGAAUAUGAAAAAACUUGAUAAAUAAUUCUGGGAUCAUGCAAGGAUCCACAAAAAUACCUAUUACUGAUCUCAAUGCCUAUAUAACUUGCAAAAUAUGUAGUGGGUAUUUUGUUGAUGCUAGUACAAUAAUUGAAUGUUUGCACACAUUUUGUCGCAGUUGUAUUAUCAAGUAUUUCCAGAAAAAUAAAUACUGCCCAGUGUGCGAUGUGCAAGUUCACAAAUCAAAACCAUUACUCAAUAUCAGACCUGACAAAACUGUACAAGACAUUGUCUACAAACUUGUUCCAAGGUUAUUUCAAAAUGAGAUGCAAAGGAGAAGGGAAUUUUAUGAUAAUCAUCCGGAAGCGAAACCUUCAAGUUUGGAGCAAUGCGGAGAAGUUGCCUAUCAGCAUUUGCUGACUCCAGAAGAAACUAUUUGCCUUACUCUCAGUUACCAUGGAGCUGAUAAUAAACCCAGGUAUUUGCGUUGCCCCGCAGCAGUUACAAUGGGUCACAUAAAAAAAUUGAUCCGUGCUAAAUAUGACCUCACAGAAAGUCAUAGGGUCGAUGUCUUUUACAAUCAAGAUUGCCUUAGUUCUUCCCUAACUUUAAUGGAUGUAGCAUAUAUUUAUUUAUGGAAAAGGAAAGGACCAAUAGAACUUACAUACCGAAUAUAUGAAAAUACUGCGAAAAAAAUAAAACUCGAAAUUCCACACCAUAAUGAAACAACAGGAACAAAUGUAGCCAAUAAUAACAAUAAUAAUAACAAUAAUAUAAGUAACAAUAAUAAUUGGAAGGAAGUACAAUUGAGAAUAAGUGAAAAUGGUGAAAUGUCGAUAACUGGUAUCCAGGACGCGGCUUUAAGUCCGAGUCUAUUGGAAAUUGUAAAUAGUGAACCAAAGUACAAAAGCGAUGUUACAACGUUGGUGGAAACGCAACCGGUUAAUAAACAAACACAAUCUAAAAAAGAAGUACCAGGAUUAAAAUAUAUCGGUAAAGUGACCACAACAUGUACAAGUUUAUUAAAUAACAUAGCAGUUUCAUCACAUACAAUAUCCCUGGGUAAUGUCACGAAUACUUACACAUCAGUAAGUUUACCAGCAUUUGUGGAUCCGAUAAUAAGCACUCCAAUUACUAGCGUCACAUUAUCAACGAAAAGUGAUUUUCUAACGGUUUCCCUACCUUCAUCUUCCAUUAGCUGCGCCACUUUAUCUUCGGGUGGUACCACAAUGGUUUUCAGUACUAUAAACACGUCAAAAUGUAGUACGAAAACAGAAGAUAGCAUAUUGAAAGCAGCUCAACCCGAUAUAACCGAAAUAAAUUCAGAAAGAGAUACCGAAAAACCUUUGAAAAGGAAAUUAGAACCGAACGUAGACGUCGAACCGCCCGCUAAACAAUCCAAACCUAUAAUUUUAAACCACAACAUAGGUUUACUGAACCUUUCGAAUAACCAUCCGUUGAAAAAGCAUUCGAAAAUGAACAGAAAUGGUGAAAACUUGAAGGAUUUACAAAAAGUCACGUGCGUAUCGGAAAUUAAGAUAACGAAUGUCGUUACAACAUCUACGGUUACAAUAUUAAAUUCCACUAGUUUACAUAAAUUCAAUCCCGUUAAAAAAUUAGAAUCCGAACCGCCCAAACCGAAUAUCAUCAAUAAAAGUAUUAGUAAUAUACAAAGACCUGGAACUCCAACGUCUACGACAAAACCGCUCGCAAUGAGAGCUAAAACAUUGAUUAGUGAAACCGGCGUGAAACCCCCAUGUUACCAACCGAGGACAGUAUACGGAUCAUCCAUUAAUGUCCCUAAAACUCUAACAUCAACCACUACACUUUCAAUUGUUAGUGGAAGUGUUGAUAUUCCAACAACAGCAGAUGUGAAAUCAACACCAAAAGUAUCAGUUUCACAAAAAGUAGAAAAAUCAGUUGCUGUUACUUCAGUUCAACAUUCGCAGCCAAAUCAAAACAACAACAAAAUCCCCAUGACGACUCAGCCAUCUCAAUUAAUACAAAAUGCUGUUAAUAAAGAUUCAACAGCCAACCAGCAUCAACAAUCCACUAUCAGUACAAAUAAAAUUCAAAAUAUCACCGGAAUUCGACCGAUUUAUUCUGAUUCGGGCAAAUGUACAGUAUUAAGUGUUCAUACUUUCCCACCACCUCAGACAACACAGGGUAUAAACGUCAAAAGUACUAGUUCAUCACAACUACAAGCGUCCCAGGUUGUUACUAGUAUUACCAAUGUAGUUGGUAAAACAACAAUCGCAGUAACUACCAGUCCACCUCAAAUUACAUCCAACAAAGUAUCUAAUAUCAAAACUAAACCCAGUACUCCAAUAGGUUACAAAACUUUAAGGGAUCCACCGAAAAGUUGGAAUUCCCAAAUAUCCAAAGCUAAUAUCAGCAAAUCGAGUCCGGAUCCGAAAUUUUCCGAUCUGAAAAACGUCAGACCAGCAAAGUUUUUCAAAAUGAGAAACAAUCUUCCAAGAUACUUGGGUAAUCCUGCUUCUGGAGUAAAACCUAUGUACCAAGUCCAGGCUAGUCCUGAAAAAGAUAAAAUUACCGAGACAGUUAAAACGGACAAAAGUGAAAUCAAGAAGCACUCAAUCGUGAAAAUCGAUCCGAAAACUUUGAAACCCGUAUCGGAGAAAGCUCCUGAAACGACAAGUCUCAGUAACCAAAAUAUCACCAAUCAAAAUUUGAAUAGCCACAUGUCAGGACAGUUAUACCAAACCCAGUGCCUAAAUAGUAAUUUGAAUAUUCCUAACAGUCCUGGUAUUAAUCUACAGAACGAUUUAAAGAUAAAUACUAGUUCAGUCUCUAUUUUUAAUCCCCUCAAGUUACAAAGUUCCCCUAAGAAUGAAAGGAGAUCACCGAAAAGUCCUCAUUCGCCCAAAAUGAAAUCCUCCAAUUCCCCCACUGGGAAUAAAAGAGACAAGGUAAAUUUAAACUUUACUCCACCGAAUCCCUUCGUUCCCAACAUACCUUCGAAAACAUUGAGUCCCACUCAGUUUAUCUAUCCUAACAUGCCCCCGGGAUUCACUCCUUACGAUCCACGAGUCAUGGCCGCUUACUACAGCCAGUGGUACGGUCAGCGGAUUGCUUUUCCUCCAGCAGCUCUUCCCGGACUUAACCUAGAUCUGAAUCAAAGGAAGGGUUUGGAUAUUCUGACAUCUCCAAGCAGUCCUAAAAUAGAUCCGUUAACGCAAUCGAUGCUCAAUCAUCAAAUGCCCAUACGACCACCAUCUUUAGCGUCUACCAGUACAACCCCUCUACCAAGGAGCCAUAAUACUUCUCUAUCUUCCCCGACGAUUACCAAACCACCGUCGGUUUCGAAGAAAUCAUCGAAAGAGUCGAAAAACGAUAAGAGUCUGGAAACUGUAGUGGAAAAAAUGACCCAGAACCUCAAUAAAUUGACCGGUCAAACCCAUCAAGAUGUGAGUAGUCAGCGUGCUAAAGAGGUUGAAGUUAAAAAGACGGAAUUGGAGAAGAAUUCCCCUAGGAUAGUGGAAAAAGUCGAAAAAGAAAAUAGCGAUGGUAAUAGUGAUAAUUUGGUGAAAAUUGUGGACCAAAAACGUGAGCUCAAUAAAAUUAAUAAUGGCAACGACAAAGUCGAUAAUGGAACAAAUCGAUUAUCGAAUGUUGCUGAAAGUGAUACUGAUGUGAAUGUACCGGUUAGCGAUAGUUCUAAUAAUAAAGAGGAAACAAAAAUAGAAAAGCCCUUAACGUCUACUCCAAAACCUCCAAUCAUACUUAACGCUACUGUCGCGACGGUACUCGAUACCAGUGAUAACAAUAUAUCGACAAAAGAAUCUAACGACAAAGAAGACACCGUCAAAGAAAUCACGGAUGAAAAGUCCGAAGUGAAAACAAAACAAGAAACCAAGAUAAACGACGACGUAAGUGAUAUGAUUAAAGAUAGUAGGCAAACGGAGUUGAAAGAAAAAGAGUGAGUAGUAGAUUUGUACAUUGUAUAUACGGGGUUUUUUUUGUUGAAUAUUUUUAAUAUAUUUAUAAUGAUAGUCGUUCAAACAAAUGGAAUAAAACACACUUAGGAAGAUUUUCGUUGAUAUAAAACAAAAACAUAUCUACUGCUAGUAUUCUCUGUUUUCCUUUAGAAAAUAUUUUAAGCUGAACACUCGGUUUACUACAAUCGUGUAAACGCUCACGAUAACAAGUUUCGAUUGUUAUUCCGUCAUCUUCAGAAAUCCCCGAAGAUGAUAGAAUACCUAUCGAAACGUGUAAUCGUGAGUGUAGCUGUAGUGGUGAUAAUAGUGUUUUCAAUUUGUUGUUUCACAGAAAAAUUACAGGACGUCGUGAUAUUGUGUAUACUGAUGUCGAAUAACAAGUUUUGAAUAUAAAAAAUUUUUUUAAAUUACUAAACCGUAUUUAUAUCUAUAUAUGCAUAAUUUCCUGAUGUCUUGUGUUAUAUAAAGUGCGAUUAGUUAGUGUGGAAACUUUCUUUAAUUCGAAACUGACAUUUUUAAGCAAAAUUCUUUAUUUUCUCGUCAAUUUCCCAACAAUCGGUUAAUUAUACCUCGAUGUGGCAUUCUUCACUAGAUCUCUCUUUUUUCAGUUUUUUUGUUGAAUCCCCCGUGCCUUCCGUUGAAUUCUAACCUCAAUUUUUUUUUAUUCCAGAUCGUCUUUUUAUUCUGUUUUUUCCUUCUCCUUUCAUUAUUAUUUUAAAAUCUGUUUUGCCUCUACUCCAUCUCCAUUCUCCGCCAUUUAUUCAUAUUUAUAUUUUUUUAUUUUUUAUUCAAUAGCAUAUUGUUGUAGAUUCCAGAUGCUCCCGUUAUUUGGUAGUACUUUUCUGAAUAGAUUAAUUUAUGAUUACUGACAAUUGACGUUUGACAGUUUCUCGCUGUUCAGAACAAAUUUGAGUACUACAGUAACUGUAAUCUAACAAGGCCACGGUUGGUUAGUGUCUCUCGCGGACGAGACCACCGUUUGCCUCCUCCACAGGUUGACUAUUCUUUACUAUUUAUAUGACUGGUGACCUAUGACAGAUGUGACUUUAUAAAAAUGACGUUAAGAAUCAUUUUAAUGUUAAACUUUUAAUAGGUUCUAAGAGAUAAGUAUAUAUAUUUAACGGGUUAAAAGGGUUGAUCUUAUUUGGUACUACUCUUCUAAAUAAGCCUUAAAUAUCAAUUUACCAUCAUCACUGACAAUUGACAUGUGACAGAUUCUUGUCUAACAGAAUAAACUAGAAUACUUAUUAUUCUGGGUUGAUCUUGUUUGGUACUACUUUUCUUAAUAAGUUUUAAAAAUCAAUUUAUGGUCACUGACAAUUGACAUGUGACAGUUUAUAUAGAGUACACCGGGCCACGAUCGGUUGGUCUUUCUCGAGGACGAGACCGCCGUUUGUUUGCUUUAAAGUUUGACUAUUCUAUGGUAUCGAUAUGACUGGUGACGUGUGACAGAUGUCACAUCAUAGAAUUGGCGCUAAAAAUUGUUAUAAUGUGGUAGUAAGAGGCGAAUUUAACUGGUAAAAGGUGUUUAUUUUGUUGUUUAGUAGUUACUAAUCUUCAAAUUCUUCGUAAGAAUUAUUUGUGGCUAUUAACAUUCGAAAUAUGAGGUUUUAUUCUCGUCAGUAAUUCAAUAAACUUCAUUUCAAUCUACUUUUUGUUUCCUCUAGUACAGAUCUUUUUAGAUUCACUAUUCUUUUUGUUGUUACGUUAAACUGAACAAAUUUUUCCAUUUUAGAAUUAAAGAUUUGUUUACACACUAUUUUUUCAUAGAAAUAUAUACGUGGCAGUUUUUGCUUGGCUGUUGCAUUCUUAAAUACGUAAGUAAUAU